CCCGGAAGUAAUCAUUUCUAAAAUUGAAAAGUAAACAAAUUUUACAUUUUAUCUGCUUUAUCGUAAUCGAUGCAUGUGAUACAAAGAUAUUAAAAGCGACAAUAUAGAAAUGUCAAGUUUCCACCAGAAAAUCAAGGAUCAGAAGCUUGAUAGCCUACACAAAGUCAUUGAUAAUGGCACAAACAAAUAUCUAUUUUUCACAAAAUUCCUUGACCAGCAUCAAUCUUGGAUUCUUUGUGUUAGUGAUGGCAUAGAACUAUGGAGACUUGAAGUUGAUGAUCAGGAGCUUGAUACUAGAAGAGAUGUUUUGGAACUCUCAUCGAUUGAUUCUUACCUGACUAAAUUCAGAACGGCAUACCAGUCAGGGGACAUACAGAUUUCUCAGCAAGGGUUCAGUGUCAGCCUCACUAUUGGACAGGGAGCAAAAUCAUUUGAUUUUAAACUGUAUGAAGCCAAAGCUGCUGAAAAGAAAUUAGACGUUCAAGAUAUUUUAUUUCGACUUGCUGAAGUCUCAAUUGAUCUUGAUAAGAAAUUAACUCAAGCUGAAAAAACUAUAGACACAUUAAGAUCAGAACAAGGAAAAAACAGCAGUAAACAUACAGGUUAUUUCGCUGAUCAGGAAAAGGAUGUUGUGUCAAAAACUAAAGUCCGUCCUCGUCAAGUUGGGAUGAGUGUGAUAAACCCAAGCAGUAAGAAAAGAAAGGUUGCACAGGGAAUGGUAUUUGAAGAUAGUGAUGAGGAUCAAUAAAAUCUGUAAACCUGCUUAGUUAAACAAGCAAAGAAUAAAAGUAAAUACAAAAAACCAAGCCUAACUUAAGCCCAUUCGUAAAAGUGUGUCAUAUAGUUAAAGUGACUCUAUCUGUCUAUCUUUCAGUGUUCUUUAGGAAAAUAAAUACUUUCAUCCCCCCUGUACAUUUCCAAUCAUAUUUUAAGUAAUUCCAUAAACCAUAAGGAGACUAUUGGAACUUAAAUAGAUUCAAAAGCAUUUUUAAUCUUUUUUUUAUGUUCAAUUCUUUGUGAUGCCAAAAGAAAGAUGUUGAAAAUAUUCAUAUUGUGGUUUAUUCAUUUUAAUGUAACCACCAGAAGUCCUGGCAUAU